AUGGCUAUCUUCAUCUCGACAGAGGGGAGCAGUGGUGGCUUUCCUCUUGCAAUGGAUCCAGAGCCGAGUUUAGGAGACCAGGCAGAGGGUGUAGUCAGGCCUGCAGUAAAAGAAUGCACCCAGAGUGGCCCUAGGUCAAGGGGUGAAAAACCCGGCCUGUGGAACGACAAAGAUGACGAAAAAAACGCGUCAAAGUUGGACGCGAGGGGGUUUUUGAAGGCGGGCCAUCGAUUGGUUUUUUUCACAAAGGGGAGCAGUGGAGACGUGAAAUUUUGGCAGAAUAGAGCUCAGCACACGAUCCUCUGGUCCAGAAGAACUUUUUUACAUACCUUGCGACUGUCCAGGGGGCGCAGGAGAGGAGGGAUGGAUGAGAUUGGUCGAAGAGAUGUCCAAGAGUGA